AUGCUCAGAUACUCAAGUCACCUGCCGUCAAAAGUGGCUAUAGACCGACUCCAGACUAGAUUUCAUUGCUGUGGCCGAGUAAAUUUCCAGGAGUGGUUCUAUAUUCCCUGGUACAUGAACGAGGAAAAUGUUGAUUCAAAGAGUUUUUCAAACCACAAGUUCGUAUCGGACAACGUCCCGUACAGCUGCUGCUCGACAGAAGAACUCUACCCCUGCAUACAUCAUGGUGUUACACAAAUGGGCACCAUUUACAAAUACAAUCCUGCGACACAAUUAACGAUAUGGGACGCAGGUUGUGAGGAGAAACUGAUCAGCGAAAUGAUGACGGUGUCGUGGCGGUUCAACGCUGUCAUGGCGCUUAUUAUUAUGGCAAUGAUAAUACAAGUGAUCGCAGUACGCUACCUCCACACAGCUUACAGAAGCGGUUUGCACGUUGGCAACCAGAUCACUUGCAAAGCAUACCUUUUACGCUCUUUAACAGACACCGAACCUCUAAAGGAUCAAUCUAGAAAGAAAGUAUUCAAAAAGAGAAGAAUUCGACAAGCUAGAACUUUGCAUUGGGUAUCCGUGUCGUAUAGGCGAGGAAAGAAAAGAUAUUUGACGUCAUCAGCAUCCGAUGUUAAUAGCUCUGAUGAAUUGUUGAAGCCGAUUUACGAAUAG